AUGAUCUUCCCAUCCGCCCUUGCCAUCCUUGGCCUUGUUUGCGCUGCCGCUGCAGCCCCCUCUCCUCAAGUCCUUGGCGCCGACGAUGUCAUCGUCAUCGCAAACGACGGCUCUCGCCAGGUCAUGAAGUCCGCCGCGUUUGACGCCCUCAACAACGCCGCUUCCGCGCCUGCUGAGCGCGACAUCCUGCCUGCCACCGAGGGCCAUGCACUCCACCGCCGCUGCGACGAGAGCACCGAAGUCCAGGUCCUCUCUGACACGGAGUUCCUCGACUGGGACAUUGCCAUCUCCCCCGUUGCCAGUAGCGCAGACGGAGAAGUCAGGAUCACCGUCGCCUCUGGCUACUCUGUUGCCAACUCGCUUGCUGCGGGUGUCACUGCCGGCAUUAGCGAUAUCCUGACUUACUCGCUAUCUCUCACCUACACCGAAACCUGGACCACUACCCAGGACCAGUCUCAGAUUUUCCUUCUUGAGGCGGGUCUCUACGGUGUCGUCGUCAGCCAGCCUUACGUCCGCCGUGUUACUGGCUACGUCUACAGCGGCUGCACCGAUGCCCCGGAGAAGAAUGAAUUCACAUCCAACACGUACAAAAGCGCGUCCUAUGGCAACCUUGCGUGGGUCAAGGGAAUCAUUCGUCUUUGCGCUAAUGAGACCUACCCUAUUCCCUACUGCAAUGGCCAGGGCCAGCACAACUAA